ACCAUGGAUCGACUCCCUGUGGACGGCCCGGGGCAAAAGUACGUCCAAAUCGCCUUCUUUCCAGGAGGAUUCAUCACGCUCCCUGAGAAGACCUUCGUUCAUCCUUGUGAUGAAUCAGUCCAGCAGACUGUGCCGAGCAUGGCAUUUCUCAUCUCGCACCCAGGCCUGUCGACGCAAGACAAGCCCCUCAAGAUGCUGUUCGAUUUGGGCCUGCGCUCCAAAGAAGUCAGCUAUUCGGAAAUGCAGCAGAAGCACCUACAAAAUCGAGUGCCAUAUUCACUCGGACCCAGCAUUGCCGAUCAGCUGAUGCAGGGAGGUGUAGACCCAUUGCAUGACAUCCAAGCCAUCAUUCUGAGCCAUGUUCAUUACGAUCAUCAUGGCGAUCCAGACGACUUCCCCGAUUCUCCAUUCAUUGUCGGCCAUGGGAGCUGCGAUGUACUCAAGAACGGUCUCGGAGCCAUGGCAAGUCACCAGCACUUCCAACCAGAUCUGUUGCAAAAGGUGCAGGCAUACGAACUGCCCAGCAGUGCUAGCACCGAGCGAUUCCAUUUGAAGUUGAAUAAUACCACCGUCCUCUACACUCAAUGGAAACCCGUAGGCCCCUUUUCUGCUGCUGUUGAUCUGCUGGGCGAUGGAAGUAUCUACAUAGUCGACAGCCCUGGCCAUCUCCCCGGCCAUCUCAAUCUACUAUGCCGAGUGGCACCGCAGAAGUGGGUAUAUCUGGGAGGCGAUGCCUGUCAUGAUGUACGACUUCUCACAGGAGAAAAGUCCAUGGCGACCUGGAAAGAUGCGAAUGGUGCGUGUACCUGCAUACAUCUAGACAAAAAGGAAGCGGAGAGUACGUUGAAGAGGAUCUCUGCGUUGAUGACAGACCUUGGGCCAGACAUUCAGGUCAUUGUGGCACACGACUGGAAAUGGUAUAGCCAGCAUCGAGAACAGAUAUUUCCGAAAACGAUCGAUUUCUAAACCCAAGAAUGCUGCUGUACUA